CGUCCCACCUCCCCAGGGGCGGGCCGCUGCUGUUACCCAUCUAUAUACGUUUCUCUCGACGGCUGCUUCUACACCGGUGAGAAGCAUUUUCCCCGCUGCCAUGGCCUCGGUACCCUCCGCCGGCUGCCUGCUGGCCAAGAACCAGUACUACCGCACAAGACAGAACUCAGAAUCCAGUGUUUCUUCCAGCUCCUCCUGCUCUUCAGAUGCUGUGAAUGUUACAGACCAGGACAAAGCAUUUCAUGGGUUACCUGAAUUACUUGAUAAAUGUUGGUGGAUAAAAAGCUUUUUCCACUAUGAACCAUCUCCACCAACUGUUGGCAGAAAAACACUAUCAGCAAGCAGUGCCAACAGUUGAAUGUGACAGCAAACUAGAUUACUGAUUGAGAUACUGCGCACAGACUUACUUUUCCAAGAGGCCUGGGAUCUUCUGAAUGUCUGGGUUCAGCUGCAAGAAGAUGACAAAAACUUUAGGAGGGAGGAAAGGUGUACUUUCAAAAAA